AUGGACGCAAAAGACAUCCUGGGGUUGCCGAAGACUCCACUGGAGAAGAAAUCUCGGCCCCAGAAAGAGUCCCACAGAAAACCCGAUGGCAUUUCUCGCGAGGUGUAUGCGCUUACCGGCGGCGUUGCACCUCUUAUGCCUUCAAUUGAUGUUACCCAGUUAAAGCGCCGUCCUCCGGUGGAUGAAAAGGUCGCUUGGCAAUGGCUUCCUUUCACAAAUUCCGCUAGGAAAGAUGAUUUGAAACUCUACCAUUGGGUUAGAGUGGUCAAUGGUGUUCCACCAACAGGUGACUAUUCGUUUGCCAAAUACAACAAGUCAGUUGAGAUUUUGAAAUACACGGACGAUGAGUAUGAGAAUCAUUUAACGGACCCUGUGUGGACCAAGGAAGAGACAGAUCAGCUAUUUGAACUGUGUGAAAGGUUUGAUCUCCGCUUCGUUCUAAUAGCUGAUCGGUUUCCGUUCUCACGGGCUGUGGAGGAAUUGAAGGAUCGGUACUACAGUGUAAACCGGGCCCUGCUGCGUGCGAGAGCUCAGUCUCCAGCAGAUGUUGCAAACAAUCCCCUGAUUAAGGAGCCAUAUGAUAUUACACGCGAUAGAGAGCGGAAGCGGGCAUUGUCCAUGGUCCUGUCCCAGAGUAGACAUCAGGAGAAGAAAGAUGCUGAGAUUCUAGCUGAGGCUAAAAGAAUCACAGAGAUGCGAUUGGCUGCACGUCGUGCGGAAGAGCCUGAUGUGUCUGCGAGUGAGAAUGCUGGUCUUGAUAGAGCUGAUGGGGUAGUUCCAGGGCGUAGUGUAUCUCCCUCAUCCAAUUCUCAACUCCCUGCUACUGCUGUGGCUCCAUCAACACUAACUAUGGCAGAUUAUGCCUCUACCCUUGCUUCUCUGCGUAUGCUUCAUGUGUACUUGAGAACCUAUGGGCUUGAGCAAAUGGUUCAAGCUGCAAGCUCUGCUGUUGGUCUUCGAACGAUCAAGCGUGUUGAGCAGACUCUGCAAGAUCUCGGGGUUAAUUUAAAGCCAAAGGUUCCUACAAAAACUGUAUGUGAUGAGCAUCUUGAACUACGGAAAGAAAUUUUAACACUACUGAAUCUUCAGAAGCAGUUGCAGUAUAAGGAGACGGAAGGUUCGUCACAUCGUGAAGGUUCAUAUGCUGCAAUGCCAGAUACUCCAAAGGACCGUGUUUUUGCAUCUGAGCAAUUAAGUUUUGGAGCUGAAAGACCAAUCAAGAAGGAACAAAAGCGCAAGGGUCCUGGAAGACAAGCAGACACUCCUUCACCAGCACACAAGAGGCCCAGAAAAUUGAAAGCAUCUGAUCUCUAA